CCAUAUGUAUGUUACGGAGACCUUUUUCAUAGGGCUUUUUCCGACCAAAACACGUACACACACACUCUACUUCCGCCGAAGUUGCAAAGAGGGAUAAACUUCCGGCGAUCUUUUCAGUUGAUAUUUUUGCUGCUUAUAGAUCGAAACCGAGCAAAUAGUCGUUGUUCGGCCGGCCGGCAACACCUCCCCUGUAAAUCUCAGCUUCACUUUCGACCUCCAACAACUACCGGGAAAGAUUUGACUAUCAAAAACCAUGUUUGGGUCCACGAAUGCUUUCGGGCAGUCAUCUACUAGCCCAUUUGGGUCACAAUCAGGUUUCGGGCAGACAAGUAAUAACCCAUUUGCUCCCAAACCUUUUGGCAGUACAAAUCCUUUUGGUUCUCAAUCAGGUGGUUCCUUUUUUGGUAGCACUUCCACUGGAGUGUUUGGAACCCCCCAAUCUUCCUCACCUCUGGGGUCCACACCAGUCUUUGGUGCAUCGUCCUCAUCUGCAUUUGGAAGCACUACACCUGCAUUUGGAGCUUCUACUACUCCUACUUUUGGCAGUUCUUCAUCAGCAUUUGGGAGUUCAUCUGUAUUCGGGCAAAAACCAUCUUUUGGCGGCUUUGGUUCAAGCAGUGCCCAAACAAGUCCAUUCGGUAGCUCGUUUCAACAAUCACAGCCGGCAUUUGGGAGUGGUCUAUUUGGCUCAUCUACACCUUUUGGUACCUCAAGUCAACCUGCAUUUGGUACUCCGAGUACCCCGACAUUUGGUUCAUCAACCACCCCUGCUUUUGGUGCCACGACGAGUACACCAGCAUUUGGUACAUCAAGUACUCCAGCCUUUGGUUCUACACCUAACCCAACCUUCGGCACUACAAGUAGCCCAUUUGGUGUGACAAAUCCUCCUAUUUUUGCAUCUAGCACCCCGUCCUUUGGUACUACCACUGCUUCUGCCUUUGGUUCCACAUCUCCUGCUUUUGGUACUCCAAGUGCUCCUUCAUUUAGUUUUGGAUCCUCUCCUGCAUUUGGCCAAUCAACAUCUGCUUUUGGCAGUAGCCCGUUUGGCACAUCAAGUUCAGCUUUUGGUGUUCAAAGUUCUGCAUUUGGAGCCCAAACUUCUGCAGCAUCUUUUGGAAACCCUAGUUUUGGACAAUCUGCUGUUGGUGGUCAACGGGGUGGAACACGAGUUGCUGCUUACCAGGCAACACCUGAUGCAGAAAAUACCAGUGGUUCCCAGCCUGCGAAACUAGAGUCUAUUUCAGCCAUGCCAGUCUACAAAGACAAGAGCCACGAAGAACUUAGGUGGGAGGAUUACCAGUUGGGAGACAAGGGAGGUCCUGCUCCUGCGGGUCAGUCAACUAGUGGAAUCAAUUUUGGAAGCUCAGCCUUCGCAUCAUCAUCAACUUCCCCAUUUGGCCAGUCAUCUGCAAAUCCAUUUUCGUCUGCUACAUCUUCCAACCCUUUUGCCCCCAAACCAUCCACAUUCAGUGCUCCAGGUUUUGGAGUCUCAACUACACCGGCUUUUAAUUCCUCUGCCUUCGCAAGCUCAAAUGCAUCUAAUCCUUUUGGCUCUACAUCCUCCACUUCCCCUUCCUUAUUUGGAUCAACUCCAGCUUUUGGACAAAGUACAUCUCCCACCCUCUUUGGAUCAUCUAGUGCUUCAGGUUUUGGAUCAUCAACAUCAAUUUUUGGCUCCUCAUCAGCUCAGGCUCCUGCUCCUGCUCCAGCGUUUGGUCCUAGCUUAAGCUUUGGUAACACUCAAUCGUCUCCGUUAUUCCAAUCAACUACCCCUUCAUUUGGACAGACGAGCUCGGCCUUUGGACAGACCACAUCAUCUUUUGCCCAGAGUACACCAGCUUUUGGUCAAUCCAAUUUCUUCAGUACACCUUCUACUGGCUUUGGUGGUAACUUGUUUUCAAGUGCACCACUGCUAAAUACAAGCAAUACAAUGGGAUUUGGCCAAACAACACCCUCUCUUUCGACUCCUUUUCCACUCACACAGCCUCCUCAGAGUUCUGGUUUUGGGUUCAGUAACUUUGGUCAGACACAAGGAGCUGGUGCAAGUAGUUUUGGUGGCACACCCAGCCUUUUCAGUCAGCCACCAGCUAUCCAAAGCUCAGUUGUCGCACAACCUGCAAUUGUUACUAAUCCAUUUGGAACUUUACCAGCGAUGCCUCAGAUGUCAAUUGGUCGUACUGGCACUUCUUCUUCUAUACAGUAUGGGAUUUCUAGUUUGCCGGUGGUUGACAAACCUGUUCCUGUCAGGAUAUCAUCAUUACUGACUUCUCGACACCUUUCUCAAAGACGGCUUAGGUUGCCAGCAAGGAAAUAUCAUCCUAAAACUGAGGGGACUAAGGUACCGUUCUUUAGUGACGAUGAUGAAACACCAAGCACGCCUAAGGCUGAUGCAUUGUUUGUUCCCAGAGAGAAUCCAAGAGCUUUAGUAAUUCGUCCAUUGGACCAGUGGCCUUCGAGAGGUGGUUUGGAGAAAGCAUCCCCAUCAAGGCAUACGUCUUCCCCAGUGCAUGAGAAUGGUAAAAUUGCUGAAGAAGUUUGUGCUCCAGUUAACGAGGCCAUUGCAAAAGAUAAAAACAAAGAUCUGUUUGAGAAUGGCCUUGAUAAAGAGGGUCUCCAUAGUGCCAAACUGAACCAGAAAUCUAAUGGUCUCAACGAAGGGCAACACCUCCGAAAAGGUGGGUCUUCCAUUACCCUUACUGGCCAUCGAGCUGGUGAGGCAGCAAUUGUUUACGAACAUGGGGCUGACAUUGAGGCUCUGAUGCCAAAGCUCUGCCAUUCCGAUUAUUACACAGAGCCACGGAUUCAGGAAUUGGCAGCCAAAGAAAGAGCUGAACCUGGGUUUUGUCGCCAUGUGAAGGAUUUUGUGGUUGGAAGACAUGGGUAUGGUAGCAUCAAGUUCAUGGGGGAAACGGAUGUUCGUCGGCUGGAUCUGGAAUCUUUAAUUCAGUUUAACAAUCGGGAGGUGAUAGUCUAUAUGGAUGAAAGUAAGAAACCUCCUGUUGGCCAAGGUCUUAACAAGCCCGCUGAGGUGACACUUCUCAACAUAAAAUGUUUUGAUAAGAAGACUGGACAACAGUAUACAGAGGGUCCUAGAAUUGAGAAAUAUAAAGAAAUGCUCAAGAGAAAGGCAGGAGAUCAAGGUGCUGAAUUUGUGUCAUAUGAUCCAGUUAAAGGAGAAUGGAAGUUCAGGGUGCAGCACUUCAGCAAAUAUAGGCUUCAAGAGGACAAUGAAGAUGAAUAUGGCGAAUAUUGUGAUGCCUAGCGGCAAGAAGAAAGUUAGUUAGCUUAAUUUCUGGUACAGGUACUUUUUAUGUAAAGAACCCGCUAGCACAUGUGGAAUAUGGGUUGUGCAGUUUCCUUUACAGCUUUUGUUGUGGAUUGCUGUCUUUCUCCGUUGUAUUUGUUUGCUUUUGCUGUUUUUUAUUGUCAUUACAUUUGUUGUUACACGAAGUGCAAUAUUUUUCAUUUUCCUCUUUUGUUA